AUGCCCCGUGCGAAAGCCAAGAUAACGCUUAAGGCAAAGCGUGCCAAAAGCAAGACGUCCGGGUCUAGCUCGAGACCACACGCUGCUUUCCGCAAGUGGGAUCACAUUCCCCGUCUCGUGGUGUUCGAUCUGGACUUCACGUUGUGGUUCCCUGAAAUGUACGAGCUGUGGGGAGCUCCGUUCAAGAAGAACCCCAAAACGGGGGUCGUUACGGACUGCAAGGGGGAACAAGUGCACUUCUUUGGAGCUGUACACACGGUAUUAAGUAUCUUGGAGACAGACCCGCAGUUCCGAGACACGACCGAGGUGGCGGUGGCCUCGCGGACGACGGAGCCCAAAUGGGCCAAGACCUGCAUGCGACUCAUGGACGUGGAUAUCGGCGGUGUGUCCUCGAAGGGCGAUAAAGAAGAAGAGGACGAAGAGACGGAAGAGAACGACAAAGAAGAAGGUGAGGGGGUGGAGAAGACAUCACUGCAGAGCAUCGUGGACUAUGAAGCCAUCUACCCGCGCAACAAGCGCGUGCAUUUCGAGCAACUCAAGAAAGACAGCGGCAUUCCAUAUGAAGAAAUGCUCUUUUUUGACAAUGAAUACGGCAACGUGCAUGACAUUCAGAAACUCGGUGUAACGUGCGCGUAUUGCCCUCAAGGGCUCACAGAAGGGUCGUGGAUCCAGGGCAUGGAGGCGUUCCAAGCCGCGAAGAGGAAAGAAACUAACUAG